GCACAGUUUAGUGUAGUGGGAGUUGUAUUUUGAAGAAUAUUGAGCAAGCUCUGGAAUAUUUAUGGAUAAGAAGGAUGAAUUGUCAAAUUUUCUCCAGUGCAAGAUGCAUUUUAUAUUACACUGCUCUGAAAGUGGUUGGGCUGAUAGUUUUGUUUGACUGCAUAAGCUAUAUCAUAAGUGACACAAUACAUUUACUGGACCCUGGUCUAAGACUAUAUUUCUGCCAUGAAAUGGAAAUACUUGUCACCUCACUUCGUUUACUGGCGUUUCUCACUAUUCUCAGGACAGUGUGGAAUGUUCGCAAACAUGAGUUUUACAAAAUCUUCAACAUAUUCAGCCCAGUCCUACCAGCUCCACAGUUUUGGAUUCUUUGUUGGAUAAUGGGAUUCAUCAUCGGAAGUAUUUUGGAGCACUGUGUUCUUGUACUUGCACCAAAGUAUUCCUGCAAUGUCAGAAAAUUGUGGGACAUUAUUUGCUGCUGUGCAACAUACUAUUAUUCAAGAAGGUACAAGAACUGCCUGCAUGACGUACCUUAUCAACAGUUGUUAGUAAAAGUAGAUCGGUAAAUAUUCAGGAAAUAAUAUAAACCACAUGUUUUUAAUAAAAAAUGAAAAUUAAUCAUACAUGAUCAUAUUGUCAUUUUUACAGUAAAUUCCACCCAAAUCGUAUGUUUUGAAUUUUACGUGCAAUAUCUCGCAGAUAAAAAUA